AUGGAAAACAUUCUAUCAAAAUGCCAACAGCAACACGAGCGUCAGCCCAGAGCGCCAGCCCAGAGCGCCAGCCCAGGGCGCCAACCCAGAGCACCAGCCCAGAGCGCCAACCCAGAGCGCCAACCCAGAGAGCCAGCCCAGAGCGUCAGCCCAGGGCGCCAACCCAGAGCACCAGCCCAGAGUGCCAACCCAGAGCGCCAACCCAGAGCGCCAACCCAGAGCGCCAACCCAGAGCGCCAACCCAGAGCGUCAGCCCAGGGCGCCAACCCAGAGCGCCAACCCAGAGCGCCAACCCAGAGCGCCAACCCAGAGUGCCAACCCAGAGCGCCAACCCAGAGCGCCAACCCAGAGCGCCAGCCCAGGGCGCCAGCCCAGGGCGCCAACCCAGAGCACCAGCCCAGAGCGCCAACCCAGAGCGCCAACCCAGAGCGUCAGCCCAGAGCGCCAACCCAGAGCGCCAACCCAGAGCGUCAGCCCAGAGCGUCAGCCCAGAGCGCCAACCCAGAGCGUCAGCCCAGAGCGUCAGCCCAGAGCGCCAACCCAGAGCGCCAACCCAGAGCGCCAGCCCAGAGCGCCAACCCAGAGCGCCAACCCAGAGCGCCAACCCAGAGCAUCAGCCCAGAGCGUCAGCCCAGAGCGUCACCCCAGAGAGUCAGCCCAGAGCGUCAACCCAGAGCAUCAGUCCAGAGCGUCACCCCAGAGCGUCACCCCAGAGCGUCACCCCAGAGCGUCACCCCAGAGCGUCAGCCCAGAGCGCCAACCCAGAGCGCCAGCCCAGAGCGUCAGCCCAGAGCAUCAGCCCAGAGUGCCAACCCAGAGCGCGAGCCCAGAGCGUCAGCCCAGAGCACCAACCCAGAGAGCCAGCCCAGAGCGUCAGCCCAGAGCUUCAGCCCAGAGCGCCAGCCCAGAGCAUCAGCCCAGAGCGUCAGCCCAGAGAGUCAGCCCAGAGCGUCAACCCAGAGCCUCAGCCCAGAGCGCCAACCCAGAGAGCCAGCCCAGAGCGUCAGCCCAGAGCGCCAACCCAGAGCGCCAGCCCAGAGAGUCAGCCCAGAGCGUCAACCCAGAGCAUCAGCCCACAGCGUCACCCCAGAGCGUCACCCCAGAGAGUCAGCCCAGAGCGUCAACCCAGAGCGCCAACCCAGAGCGCCAGCCCAGAGCGUCAACCCAGAGCAUCAGUCCAGAGCGUCACCCCAGAGCGUCACCCCAGAGCGUCACCCCAGAGCGUCAGCCCAGAGCGUCACCCCAGAGCGUCACCCCAGAGCGUCAGCCCAGAGCGCCAACCCAGAGCGCCAGCCCAGAGCGUCAGCCCAGAGCGUCAGCCCAGAGCGCCAACCCAGAGAGCCAGCCCAGAGCGUCAGCCCAGAGUGCCAACCCAGAGCGCCAGCCCAGAGUCAGCCCAGAGCGUCAACCCAGAGCGCCAGCCCAGAGCGUCAGCCCAGAGUGUCAGCCCAGAGCGCCAACCCAGAGCGCCAACCCAGAGCCUCAGCCCAGAGCGCCAACCCAGAGAGCCAGCCCAGAGCGUCAGCCCAGAGCGUCAACCCAGAGCGCCAGCCCAGAGAGUCAGCCCAGAGCGUCAACCCAGAGCAUCAGCCCAGAGAGCCAGCCCAGAGCGUCAGCCCAGAGCGUCAACCCAGAGCAUCAGCCCAGAGCGUCACCCAGAGUGUCACCCCAGAGCGUCACCCCAGAGCGUCACCCCAGAGCGUCACCCCAGAGCGUCAGCCCAGAGCGCCAACCCAGAGUGCCAACCCAGAGCGCCAACCCAGAGAGCCAGCCCAGAGCGUCAGCCCAGAGCGUCAACCCAGAGCAUCAGCCCAGAGCGUCACCCCAGAGCGUCACCCCAGAGCGUCACCCCAGAGCGUCACCCCAGAGCACCCAGAGCGUCAGCCCAGAGCGUCACCCCUGAGCGUCAGCCCAGAGCGCCAACCCAGAGCGCCAACCCAGAGCUCCAACCCAGAGAAGAGCCAGCCCAGAGCGUCAGCCCAGAGCGUCAACCCAGAGCGCCAGCCCAGAGCCUCAGCCCAGAGCGUCAGCCCAGAGCGCCAACCCAGAGCGCCAGCCCAGAGCGCCAGCCCAGAGCGUCAGCCCAGAGCGUCAGCCCAGAGCGCCAACCCAGAGCGCCAGCCAAGAGUGUCAGCCCAGAUUGGCAGCCCAGAGCACCAGCCAGAGAGCCAACCCAGAGCGCCAGCCAAGAGCGCCAACCCAGAGCACCAACCCAGGGCGUCAACUCAGAGCGCCAGCCCAGAGCGUCAGCCCAGAGCGUCAGCCCAGAGCAUCAACCCAGAGCGCCAGCCCAGAGCAUAA